UUCACUUAGAGCUCGUCUCCGAUCUGACUACGGAAGCAUUCAUCGCCGCGUUGGAGAGAUUCACAUCGCGCAGAGGCAUGUGCACUGACAUUUUUUCGGAUAAUGGAUCAAAUUUCAAGGGCACAAAUAAUUAUUUGGAUGAGCUUUAUGAAUUUUUGCGUGAAGACAAGUCAAAUGAAAUGGUCACAAAACAUUUAACAUCGAAAAACAUCAAAUGGCACUUCUCGCCACCCACUGGCAGCCAUUUUGGUGGCAUUUGGGAGGCUGGCAUCAAAUCAGUGAAAUUCCACCUAAAGAGAAUAUUAGGUGAUCAAAAACUGACGUUUGAGGAAUUCACUACGCUCCUAACUAGAAUUGAAGCUAUUCUCAAUUCUAGGCCUCUCUGCCCAAUUUCCUCUGAUGUGGAGGACCUCAAUGUACUUACGCCCGCUCACUUCCUCAUCGGCGGCCCGCUCCUGAGUUUGCCAGAGUAUGAUUGGUCGUCCACUCCUUCAAACCGCCUCUCCAGAUGGCAACUUUUACAGCAAAUUUCACAACAGUACUGGAAACAGUGGUCAUUGGAGUACCUUAAUACUCUGCAACAGCGUGCUAAGUGGCGGACUCAAGCGGCUGAAACUCUCGCUGUUGGUGACUUAGUCCUCAUCAAGGAUGAAAAUGCACCUUCCUUGCACUGGCAGAUGGGACGAGUAAUCGAGCUGCAUCCAGGCAAAGACGGCAUU